AUGCUCCGCACUGCUCCCAUACUCAACAUGUACUUCACAUUGGAUAAAAAUAUGUCAUCUGCUUCCCAAAAGGUCAUCAUUGUCGGCGCCACUGGGAAUCUGGGACCCCAUCUGGUGUCAGCUAUUGAUAGCGACCCCCAUUUCCAGGUUUCCAUCUUGUGUCGCGAUGCAUCGGACUGCAGUAAAAUCCCACAGCACAUUCCAGUCCACCGCGUCAAAAAGUAUGACGCAAACGACGCAAACCUUGUCGAAAUACUCACAGGACAAGAUGUGGUUAUCAGCGCGAUCGGCGCACAGGCUAUUUUGCAGCAAAAGCCAAUCAUUGAUGCCGCAGUAAAAGCUGGAGUGAAGCAUUUUGUGCCAUCGGAGUAUGGUCAUGAUACACGAAAUGAGCGGGCGGCGCAAUUGCUUCCCCCUUGGUUCUUCACCCACAAAAAGCAAAUUGUUGAGUAUUUACAGAGCAAGGAGGCCGAGGGAUUGAAGUGGACCGCUUUUGUGACUGGGCCAUUCUUCGAGACGAAAGCCGUGAUCUUGAAGCAGUAUGCUGAUCACCACUGGUCUACUACAACGCUUAGCACUGUUGCUCUCGCAGUCAAAAACGCCAUUUCAGCCCCCGUCGAAAUUGUCAACAAGUACGUGUUUGUCGAGUCUUUCAACGUAUCACAAAAUGAAAUUUUGUCUUCGGUGGAAAGUCUUACAAAGGCUAAAUGGGAUGUGAGAUAUCAUGAUGCCGAAGAGCAGAGACAGCUAGCAUCAGAGAAACUGUCUCGGCGGGACUAUAGUGGUCUCCCAACGCUCAUGGGGUACGUUACAUGUGUCGACGGGUAUGGCGGGGAUUAUAUGCAGUACGAGAAGAGCAUGAAUGACUUGCUAUCCUUGCCGCGGGAAAGUUUAGAUAGCGCCUUGAAGAAAAUGAUAAAAUGA